UAUGGGUUCUGAAGUACAGUUAGAAUAAUCUAAUGGGUAUCUUUGAAUUUCCAGUAAUAAGCAAAAGAAAAAACACAAGGAGAAAGACAGAUUGAUCUUUGUUUUGAUGGAGAAGCCCCCAGCUUAGAACCUUUCGUAUCAAGAAGUUCUGAAAUAGUUGUCUGGAAUAUCUUGUUCACAGUCUUACAUGGGCUUACGUAGAGGAGUGAGAAUUGUUUUUAUUUUUUGUUUGCUUUUCUUUUGGGUCACCUCUUUGAUCCUCCUCCCCAAGUACAAUACAAUACUAUACUAUUAACAAAUACACCCAAACACAGACAGACACACUCAUACUAUUAGGCUUUCUCCACCUUUUCUUGCCUCCUUCACAGCCUGUUAAGCUUGAAUUAUUAUUAUUUCCUUUGGGGGAGAAGAGAAUCCUUUGUUGUUCCUGUGAGGAAAGUAAGAAUGGUUCUUUUCUUGGCAAUUGAUUGGUGUAUAUCUUUCUAAAUUCUCCAAAUCUGUCACCAUCCCCUGCUUUGGAUGAGGCCUUAAUGGGUAGAAUUAUCUGAUGAGGGAGAAACUGAUAGUGUUUGCAGCUCUGGGUUGUUUGGGGGCUUGGCUCAUGGAUGAUAGGAACUGUGGAAGGGAGGAGGAUGCUACAUGAACAACCAAAGAGACUUCUUGGAUCCCACCUUUGUGUUUUGCAGGCAUGGGAACAGAACUCCAGUACACAGUUAAUCCCUUAGCCAGCAUACCAAAGAGUACCAACCAAAAUGCUGUAAAUACUAAAGAUUCUUGGGAGUUUUUCCAGAAGAUAUUGUUGAAGAAAAACAUAGAAAAGUCUGGUUUUGACAAGUUUCAAGACUCCAUGGAUAGACUGUUUGAAGAAUUCAACAGAGAAUCUGUGAAGAAGACAAUGCUGAGGCAUGAGGAGAUCUUUAAAGAGCAGGUAAGGGAACUCCACCGGCUAUACAAAGUUCAGAAGAUGCUUAUGGCUGAGCAUAGAAAUAAGGAGCCAAAGCUCCAUCAACUUGUCAAUCAGCAUCACCAAGCAACCCAAGGUGGUCCUGACUUCACAGAGAUGGAUAACCAAAUUGGGUUUUGGAGCCCAGGGACUAGCUCACAAAAUAACCAUUCACCUUUUGAAAACUGGCAACAUUGUGUGAGAGAUGAUCCAAGUUCACAGGAACCUAGUGGUAGCUUUUCUGGCAAUGCUCUCAGAAUUCCUAGGGGCUUUGAUCUUGAAAGACCUGCUGAAGAAAACCUCUCAACUGAUGCUGCCAGUGCUAUUGAAGACCAGACAGGACUUAGCUUCCUAAGGCCAUCUAAAGAUAAGAUGAGUAUUAACAACUCACAUGAUCCAAGAUUCUACCAAGAUGAGGAGGAUAGUGAUGUAGAGCUAACAUUAAGUAUUGGAUGUGGAUCUAGCAGUAGGAAAUCAAGGAGCCACCACCACCCAAAUCAAUCUAUGCCAAUCAGAUCAGAUCAAGAACAGGAUCACAGUGAUCAGGCUAAAAGCAAUGCACACUCAACAUUCAAUCGGGAAAGCUUGCAGCAACAACCAUGGCUUUUUCAGUAUCUUAGUUUGAACAGAACAUGAACUUUUAAUUGUAUUUACUUUGUUUUUUUUUCCUUCCAGUGUUACUGAAGCUCUAAAGUACAACACUGGUCCCAUAGUAAUCCAUUCACCAGUGCGAGAGCCGGUUGGUUGCAGGACAAUUAAUAGUGAAGAAAGUCUUUUCUAUGUCUUUUGGAUUUGUUAAACCUGAUGCCUCAAACAGAUCAGCCCCACAAGUCUUAUCUUUUUGCCAACUUUGAUUGAAGAAAAGAUGAAUCUUGAUGCCUAAACUUGAUCAUUUCCAUGUUUUCCUUCUCCUUCACUGGUGCUUGUUUGGAUUUCCUUUAUCAGAUGUAAAUAUUUGAUUUCAUGUAUUCUUCCCCUUGGAUUGUGUGCA